AUGUUGUUAGCGUUAAAAUUAGCUUUAGCAGCUGAUAUCUAUGAUAAUCAAAACCGUAUAAAAGAGUCAGACACAGUCAAAGUGAUAAAACCUAAAAAAUGUAGAAAGAAAAUAUACAGAAACUAUGAAAAUAUAUGCCAGAAUCUUUCUGAUGAUGAAUUUUAUGACCGCUUGCAAAUCCAUAAAUCCACAUUUGAUUAUAUCUUUAAAAAUAUAGAAAAUGGUUUAAAAAGGUCCAAAAAUAGAACUGAAGUAAGUCCCCGAGAAAUACUUCAAAUCACUCUUGAAUAUUUGAUCACAGGUGGAUCAAUGUUAAGAAUUUCUCAAACUCAGAAACUAAACAGACGUUUUGUGCCAAAACUUAUUGAGAGGGUUUGUAAAGUUAUAUAUGAUAAACUUGGUCCCUUACAUAUGCCAAAGUUUGAAAAAAAAGAUUGGGAAAGAAUUUCUAAUGAAUACUAUCAAAGAUUUGGUUUUCCUCAUUGUUUAGGAAGUAUAGAUAUAAAAAAAUUGCAAGUUAAGGCUUCAACCUGCUUUGAUCUAGAGACAUUUUUAUUCGGAAUUGUUGAUCCAUCUUUUAAAUUUAUAUAUUCAGACCUUAUUACAUUUAACAAAGUCACGGAUGAGAAAUUAUUCCAAAAUUGUAAAUUUUUUAGAGAUUUAGAGGAUGAUGCUCUAAAUAUACCAGAGCCUGAUAAUUUACCUAAAUCUAAUCUAGCAACUCCUUAUGUUUUUCUUGGAAAUGAAAAUCUAGAACUUACCAAAUAUAUUUUGACACCUUACCCUGGAGAUAUGAUAAAUCAAGAAGAGAGUAACUUUAAUUUACGAUUUGCCAAAUCAAAAUUAUGUUCGCAAUAUACUUUUGGAAUGUUAUUGAAUAAGUUCAAAGUUCUUACAACAAAUUUUGCUGUCUCCAUCUCAAAGGUGACAAACAUAGUUAAAGCCAUAAUGACAUUACACAAUGUUAUAUUGGAUUUGGAAGGAUGCACUAUGAAUGAUGCUGUACAGUUUUCUAAUGAAAAAUUUGUUGACCCAGCUAACAUCGAUAUAUUGGAUGAGGAAGCAUUAAGGAUAAGAGAUAUCUACAAAUAUUAUUUUAACUUUAUUGAUAUAGAUGAUAAUGUAGACCUAGUCAGUAUAAUUUUAUAACCACUGAUUCUGUGAUAUAAAUUUUUUUAAUUUUAUUAUUUCUUUGUAAGCUACAUAAAGUGCAUUUGAAAUCAGUUAGUUAUUUCAUUUUUUUUAAGUAAAUCCUUAAUUAGGAACUUCACAUAUGUAUCUUAAUUUCUAUAAAAUGCAAGAUCUAAUGUUUAAUAUAGUCUUGAAAAUAAAAAUUAACAAAUUCUGUUUUUUACCAAUCAUAAUCUCUUCCCUUUAUCAUUAUGUUUAUUAGAACUUUAAUAAAAACUUAUAGGUGGCAAAAUGAGCUUUUCCUUAUAUCAAAACCUAAGAAAUUUUGGAACAAAAAAAAUUUGAAUAACUAUUUUAAAUAUAAUUAUUCGUAUUUUUAAUAACUUGUAUCCCCAAUUCCACUUUUAUAGA